UCCUGUUAAAUGCAUUAUGGUGAAAAACAGUGAAUUGUUACAUUGUUAAUUUAUGCCGUGCUGGUAGUGUGUUGUGAUAGGGCAAGCAACAUAUUCGAAAUAUUAAUUUUGAAUGUUAUUUGAUUUGUUUGAGUAGAAAAUAUUUUUGAAUAAGUUUCAGAGACACGUAAACGUCGCUACAAAUACACAAACCAAAGGCUCAAACAUUGUGCACAAUCGCUCAGGAUAAUCUGGGGAGUUUUUUUUUUUUUUGCUGUUGUGUGGUGCAUGUGCGACAGUAGGGCCUUACUUUAGGCAAACAGAUCUAGUGUUUGCAAAACCCCAGCAUUUAUUGCAAAUAUCAGCAUGUGCAUGUGUGAAGUGUGCCAUACGGCAGACAAAUAUGUGAAGUAUUAUUAUAGCCACUGGAAGGCAAAAUUUCCACUCAAAAAACCCCCAACGUACUAGUAGCACUUCUAUGGUAAUCCGCUUCAAGUAGUGUCACUCGAAUGUGUGUUUUGUCUGUAGUUUAAAAUUUCCUCCGUGUCCGGAUGAACCGUGAUUGGAUUGCUAGCACACAAAUAAUUAACAGAGAACCGAGCAAAGCAACAUACAAUUUGCACUCUGAUUUUGCCAGAUAAUUUGCCUUUUACAUUACGUUUUACAUUAAUGAUACAGGUUGUAGUGAUUUCGCUGGUGCGAUUAUAAAAGUGGCCAGUCGGUAAGCUGAUACAAUGAAGUUCACGCCGCCCCCUGCAUCGCUACGCAAUCCUUUAAUCAUUCCGGAAAAGAUAAUGAUGGGCCCUGGACCGUCCAACUGCUCAAAGCGGGUGCUGACUGCCAUGACUAACACCGUGCUGAGCAACUUCCACGCUGAAUUGUUCCGAACGAUGGACGAGGUCAAGGAUGGCUUGCGGUACAUUUUUCAGACAGAAAACCGGGCCACUAUGUGCGUAAGCGGUUCCGCACACGCGGGAAUGGAAGCUAUGCUGAGCAAUCUGCUUGAAGAGGGCGAUCGAGUGCUGAUCGCGGUUAACGGAAUUUGGGCAGAGCGUGCCGUCGAAAUGUCUGAGCGAUACGGUGCCGAUGUUCGAACGAUUGAGGGCCCUCCGGACCGCCCGUUCAGUUUGGAAACAUUGGCCAGAGCCAUCGAACUACAUCAACCCAAGUGUCUGUUCCUGACGCACGGUGACUCAUCAAGUGGUCUGCUGCAGCCGCUGGAAGGUGUAGGCCAGAUUUGUCACCAGCACGACUGUUUGCUCAUCGUUGAUGCCGUGGCUUCGCUGUGCGGUGUGCCAUUUUAUAUGGAUAAAUGGGAGAUCGAUGCCGUCUAUACUGGAGCGCAAAAGGUGCUAGGUGCGCCUCCUGGUAUCACUCCCAUUUCUAUAAGCCCGAAAGCACUGGAUGUUAUUCGAAAUCGUCGUACAAAAUCGAAAGUAUUUUACUGGGAUUUACUGCUGCUUGGCAAUUAUUGGGGCUGUUAUGAUGAACCAAAACGUUAUCACCAUACUGUCGCAUCGAACUUAAUAUUUGCUCUGCGGGAAGCAUUGGCUCAAAUUGCGGAAGAAGGACUGGAAAAUCAGAUCAAACGCCGCAUCGAAUGUGCCCAAAUCUUGUACGAAGGGCUUGGUAAGAUGGGACUCGAUAUUUUCGUGAAAGACCCCAGACAUCGCCUGCCCACCGUAACUGGUAUUAUGAUUCCGAAAGGUGUUGACUGGUGGAAAGUUUCACAAUACGCCAUGAACAAUUUUUCGUUAGAAGUACAAGGAGGACUUGGACCUACGUUUGGAAAAGCAUGGCGUGUGGGUAUUAUGGGCGAAUGCUCAACGGUACAAAAAAUACAAUUCUAUCUAUAUGGCUUUAAGGAAUCACUCAAAGCCACGCAUCCCGACUAUAUUUUCGAGGAAAGUAAUGGAUUUCACUAGAUGAAACUUAAACAAUGCAUCAAUGUAUUAUUGCCGCUUUGAGUCCUGCCAGACUUAGCAUAUGCAUGCUAAAAGUAGGGCUUUUAAGAACAUACAUAGAUUCUACUAAUUGCGCUAGAAUUGCAAAACGGAUCAUCUCAAUUUGCUUGUCGAAGCUAUCAUGAACGGUAACAUGCCCACUAACCAGACAGUUUUGUAAGUAAGAUUACUUUUUGAAGAAUAAAUUAUUUUGUUACAGAAAUGAAUGAA